UUCGAUAGUAAUUUCACCACAGUCAAGAAAUCGAAAGCAAAAUAGGAAAACUUUUCUACAUAAGAAAAUAAAAAUUGAUCAAAUUAGAUUACAAUAAAAAGGAGCACAUGUAUAUUUUAUAAAUAUUUACUUAGAAAAUAAUCCAUCGGGAUUAUGAGUUUCCUCCUUAACUUGAUACGUGCCAUAAUUGAUAAGAUGUUGCAAAUACUUUCGAUAGGUCAAAAAACCAUCAAGAAUACUUUGAGUAUUUAUGUUAAGACAAACACCGGGAACACCCUAACUGUUGACUUGGAUCCCAAAUGGGAUAUAAAGAAUGUAAAAGAAUUGGUUGCCCCACAACUUGGCUUGCAACCUGACGAAGUGAAGAUCAUUUUUGCUGGCAAGGAGCUUUGUGAUUCCACAACUAUUGAGGAAUGUGAUUUAGGUCAGCAGAGCAUUCUGCAUGCCAUCAAAACAAGACCUCGUCAGAGUAUAAUCGAUAAGAAGCAUACCGAGUCAAUUUUAACAGAGGAGGAGCUCCAAGAAGAAGCCUCCAAGCCCUUGUGUGAGACAUUAGUUGACUUGCAGCUUCAAAGUGAUGAACGGGUUAAUAUCAGCGAAGAGAACCGAGAACGAACAAGAGCUCAUUUCUUUGUUCAUUGCUCACAGUGCUCUAAAUUGUGCCGAGGUAAGCUAAGAGUUCGAUGUUCUUUGUGCAAGGGAGGUGCCUUUACUGUCCACAGAGAUCCAGAAUGCUGGGAUGACGUCUUACAACCAAAACGAAUCACAGGUCAUUGUGAGAGUAAGGAGAUCGCUUGUGUUGAUAACGAAAUGGGUGACCCUCCAUUUGCAGAAUUCUAUUUCAAGUGUGCUGAACAUCCAUCCCGAGGUGAGGCUGACUUCGCAGCUCCUCUAAAUCUCAUCCAAGUCAAUAUUAAAGAUGUGCCUUGUCUGGCUUGCACUGAUAUCAGCGAGACUGUUCUUAUUUUCCCUUGCGAAUCGAAACACGUCACAUGCAUCGAUUGUUUUCAGCACUAUACGAGAUCUCGAUUGAUGGAGCGUCAACUUAUGCUUCAUCCUGAAUACGGUUACACUCUACCAUGUCCAGCGGGCUGCACUGGCUCAUUUAUAUCAGAAAUCCACCAUUUUAAAUUACUUUCAAAAGACGAAUAUGAAAGAUAUCAACGAUUCGGAGCCGAAGAGUAUGUUUUGCAAGCUGGUGGAGUAUUCUGUCCACAACCUGGAUGUGGAAUGGGACUUCUAAUCGGACCAGAAUGCAAAAAAGUCACAUGUGAAGGUGGCUGUGGAUAUGUUUUUUGUAGGAACUGUAGACAAGGAUAUCAUAUUGGAGAUUGUCUUCCAGAGAACUCAACUAUUCUAAAUAGUGGAAAUUGUGAAUAUCCUGUCGAUCCAAAUAGAGCUGCUGAUGCGAGAUGGGAAGAUGCUUCUUCUGUGACUAUAAAGGUUUCGACUAAACCAUGUCCAAAAUGUCGUACACCAACAGAAAGAGAUGGUGGUUGCAUGCACAUGGUGUGCACUCGUGCAGGAUGUGGAUUUGAAUGGUGCUGGAUUUGUCAAACUGAAUGGACAAGAGAUUGCAUGGGGGCUCAUUGGUUUGGUUAGAGAUAUCAAUGAAACGAAGAAGAUGUUUCAGGAUUUUAAGUUGUUUUCAAGAGAUUCAAAAAGAUUUCGCGUUCGAUGUAAUUUGACUUCAACGAAAUGUAAAACAUUUUAAUGAUGUAGGGAAAAUGCAAUUUAAGGAGAGUAACUCGUUAAUUUAUUUUGAUAAUACACGUAUAUAAAAUCAAACAAAAA